UUUCAGAAAAUGAAAAGAAUCUAAAUCAGGAAGAUUUAUUCAAUUCUCAAGAAAUCUAAGUCCCAGUUUUAACUGACUUUUCGCUGCGAUGGAAACUCAUCCCACUCCGUUUCCAGUUAGACCCCAAACUAUCAAACCAAGACACACAAGGAAAAUCUCCGAACCCCCGAAAAUCAAAGCGAAGGGCGGAUCGCUCGUUCACAGGGAAAGGCGGGUGUUUGGAACUGCCCGAAGCCCUGCCGUUCCUUUGAAGACGAAAACGGUGAUCGAGAAGCCGGUGAAGUCGAAACCCGCAUCAGGGCUGCUAAAGAAGCCUUCAAAAGUGACAAAACCAACCCAAGCAACUCGAUCACCAAUCAUACGGAGGCCAAUUUUGGUGGCUGGAAAGCCAACGGAGAAGACCCUGGCUCGGCCGAUGAAGAAAACCGUAUGUUUUCAAGAGAAGGGACCCCGAAAGAAUUCGGAUGAUGGAAAUGCCGAGCCUCACACUCCUCUGAACGCGAUCAUAGCCAAGCCAAGAGUUGCCACGCCUUUUUACAGCGCAGAGAAAUGUAGCAAAUGUAGGUUCGACAAGCUUGAGACCGCGUCUUACUGGCUGUCUCAGAUCAAGUUGGCGGAAUCUGUGGGGAAACAUUGGGUCUCUGCUGCUUUGUUUGGACUGGCUUUCGACUGCAAUGCAGAGCCCAUUCGUAACUUGAGAGUUGAACUAAGGAAGUAUCUGGCACGACAUGAGCAAGUGAGUGAGGAAGAGGUGUGGAGGAAGAUGAAGGUUAGCUAUGGAUUGGUAAAAGAAGAUUGCAAUGCAAAUGGAGAUGUUGUAGAAGGCGGCAUGGAAGAAGCGAAUGCAAGUCUCUACAGCCACAAAGAUGAUAAUUUGCCAAACCAAUUUGAUGAAGAAGAUAUAAAGUGACCUUUUACGAAGAUGUCAAGUGUUGUGAAUUGUGGUAUAGAGUAGUUCAGUUCAUGUCAGAAAACGGCUGUUUUAUGUCUUUUGAAUUCGGGGGAUAACAAUUAGGCAGUUUCCA